AUGACCGGCGUGGUGAAAGGUCUAGGAGAGGUGAGAGAGACUCCAAGUACGAUGGGCGAAGCUUGGAAGCGUUUGACGAAGCGGUCAAGGAAAGGGAAGGGUAGAAUGGAGAGCGAUGAUGAUCAUGAUACUUCUCAGGCUGAUGACGAUGGUGACAGUGCUCAUCGUUCUUGGGUCACUUGCACGAACUAG